UUCAGCCAUGGUGGACAUUCCAUUCCACCUUGAGGGAUUGACCCUUCAAGUUUGGCUGACUGGGCGUCAACAUGAAAACCGGCCUUAUGGAGAAGUUCCUUUGGACAACUUCAUUGGGAUGAUGGGAGAAGAUGUUGAGAUGAAUCCUAUUCAGAUGCCUCCAGGAACGGAGUAUUUUUUGUGUGUGGUCAACAGGCAUCCUGACAUCAACUAUUGUGUGAGGCUCUCGGUUGAUGGGAAUGAUGUUUUGCUGCGCGAACGACAUUUCAAGCCGCUCUACAGUAUGGAUAUCAUGAAUGAAAUAAACAAAAACGAGGAUGGUCGCACAGGUCGUGUAAAGUUCAGCGGCUUUCAGCAGUCCUACCACAAAGCAAAUUAUGAGGCAACGUCUGAGCAGAACAAUUUCAUCACGGGAGAUUUUGGCGAAUCCUUCUGGGAAUUCAAAUUCUAUGACAAUGAGAUCCAGAUGACAUACAACCGUGGAGGUGGUGUGGUAGAUGAGGAGCGCUUACAGGAGGUCAUACCACAAGCUACUCAGGAGGGUCUGCUUGAGACACUCACCUUUUCGUGUCCGCCGGCCGAGAAACGACCCGAGAGCCGCAAGGGGGACUUCCUCUUUACACUUCUCGUGCCCUAUGAGAUCGACCAAAAUCGCAUGCCUGUUCGCGCCCGUUGCUUUGGUCGUGGGGGCUGUUGAACCCUGAGCAUCAGAAGCAAUCACUGCCUUCCUUGGGGUCUUCGAUGUUUUCUGAGCUGCUGGGGCUGCACAAGGCAGUUCCGUUUGUACAGAGAGUCUGGGGUGUAUCUUUGGUGUACCUUCAUAGCCUGGUGGCUCUCAGGAUUAUUGAAAGGGGUCUUCCAUACUGCAAGCCGCAGCUUGCAGACCAAGUGUUGCUCCAAGGCUGCAUUUGCUUUG